GUUUACAAAAUAAUAAAGUUUAAGAAGUGAAUUUUGGGGAUUAACAUUUUUUUCUUAUAAAGAACUUAAAAGAUUUUAUUAUGGCCACUAUGAUAACAUCUUGGAAUCCAGAAAAAAAACACAGUGAUGUUGAGAGGUGGAUAUGUAUAUACCCUGCGUAUAUAAAUAGCAAAAAGACCCUUGCUGAGGGUCGAAAACUGCCAAAAUCAAGUUGUGUGGAAAAUCCUACACAUCAGGAGAUACGAGAUGUGUUGUUAGCUGUUGGACUCCGUGUUGGGGUGGAGAACAAGUUGUAUCCAAGGGAGAGAAGUAAGGAAUUAUUAUACAGAGGCAGGAUUCGAGUUCAGAUCAAAAAUGACGAUGGCACUCCAGUUAAAUCAGAAUUUGGUACAAGAGAGUCCGUCAUGAAGUAUAUUGGGGAAUCUAUUCCUAAGUUGAAAACUCGUCAAAACAGACCUGCAGAUCAACAACCUCAAUCUACACAGGCUAGUAAUAAAAGCAAAGGCAAGAAAGGGCGUCGAUAAAACAUGUUUUAAAUAAAAUAAAAUGUUUUUACUUUA